CAUAUUUUCAAGUUUUUCACUAUUUUGGUGUCUGUUUUUCGCUAAUUGAAAAUUUCCUAUUCGUUCAGGUCUCUCGUUUGGUCAUUUUACAUGAAGAAGCGGAAGAUGGGAACGCAAUGCCAGAUCUUACACGGCCCGUCGAGGCAGUGUCUAGGGCAGUGGACAACCUCGUUCAGGUGGGCUACGACACGUGUCAUUCGUCGGACGAUGAAAUACUUAAGCAAGACAUGCCUUCGGCCCUGCAAAGGGUUGAGACCAGCUCCCGACUAUUGGAGGAGGCCUGUACGGUGCUGAAAGGCGAUCCAUACUCUAGUCUUGGUCGGAAGAAGCUGAUCGAAGGAGCGAGAGGAAUCCUGCAAGGAACCUCUGCGUUGCUGUUGUGUUUCGACGAGAGCGAAGUUAGGAAGAUCGUCCGCGGCUGCAAGAAAAUUUUGGACUACCUCGCCGUCGCCGAGGUUAUCGAGUCAAUGGAUGAUCUUGUACAGUUUGUUAAGGACAUUAGCCCUUGGUUAACGAAAAUGUCGCGGGACACAGAGGCGCGCGAGAAAGAACUGACUCAUCAGGUCCACCGGGAAAUUCUCAUCCGCUGCAUCGAUUCCGUUAAAACGUUAGCGCCCAUUUUGAUAUGCAAAUCUAUUCUUUCAGGUGGCAAAGGAAUCUCAGAAGCUGCCGAAAAUCGAAACUAUCUUGCGAUGAGAAUGACCGAUGAGGUGAACGAGGUGAUCCGAGUUUUGCAGCUGACGACCUACGACGAAGACGAAUGGGACGAAGACAAUGUAACCGUAAUGAAGAAGGCGCUGAAUGCGAUCGACAGUAUACUACAAACGGCGUUAGAUUGGUUGGCCGAUCCGAAAGCUGUCCAAGGUGGAAUUGGCGAGAAAUCUCUACGGCGUUUGUGCGAAUAUGCCGGAAGGAUCGGCGACCGUGCCUUACCUGACGAUGCGGCAAUGAUUCGCAGAGCUGUUUCUAAUAUUUCUUCAAUGACCGAUUCGCUGUGCGAACUGAGGCAGAAUAAGCAGGUAACACAAGGUUUGGCCAGCGGAAUCGCUCAGGAGCUGAAGGAGCUAGUUGGCGGCCGCGAUUACCCGGCUCACACGUUGAUCGGCAGAGUGGAGCAGGCGAUGAAGUGGCUCGAGAGCCCGACGGUGGACGACAAGGGAUUAGGCUUCAACGCAGUGAAGUUGAUCACUGAGGAGGGACGCCGGGUAUCCGACCUGUGCUCUGGGCCGGAGAAGAACGCCGUUCGACAGCUGUGCGAUGACAUCGACCGCCUGGCGUACCAGCUGAACGACCUUCAACGCAAAGGAAUGGUAAGAACGGCGAUUGCUAUCGUUUGUUUUCACCACUGGGUAUAUACGAUUUUCUCAGAGUUCGAAACCGACCUCUUGCUACUGCGUCACAGCGUCCCGUUUGAUCAGUCGAGAUAUCGGUAUAUAGUUAAAGAUUACAAUUCCUUUACCUCCAGGACGUAG